AGAAGAGCGUAUAGUCUAUCAAGUCAAUUAUAUCAUCGAAUGCAGAGGCGUAGGAGUGGAGGGACCGAUCGGUUUAACCACGUAUAAAUACUCAUAAAUGAGCAAUUCAUCCGAUAAAUUUGAACAGUGUUAAUCAUUCACUUGUUAAGGUUGCAAGUUCUCUAUCACAAGCUUCAACAUGCAGAAAUUCGUAGCAUUAUUCUGUCUAGCUUUUGCUCUAGUCGAAUCGAUCCCAGUUGGAGAACAACAGGUUCCUAUUGUGAAACAACUUGCCGAAGUUAACUACGACGGAACCUUCAAGAACUCCUAUGAAACUGGUAAUGGUAUCAUAGUCGAUGAAAGCGGAUACGUCAAGCAAGUUGGUCCAGAGGUAGCCCAAGUUAUCCAAGGUUCCAGCGCCUACACUUCACCAGAAGGCCAAGUCAUCCAACUUCAAUACAUCGCCGACGAAAACGGUUACCAACCACAGGGUGCUCAUUUGCCAACCCCACCCCCAGCUGACCCGGUUAUCUUGAAAUCCCUGGAAUACUUGGCCAGUUUGCCAAGCACCCCAGAACCUAAAUACCAGUAAAUUAUUCCAAUUUUGAAUAGUAAUCUCAAUACGUACGUAAAUUCGAGUGCUCAUGAUCUUGGUAAUAAUAAUAUAGGAUUCUGAGUACCUCAUCCGAGUAGAUAAUCCUGCCAUAUCAUAUUUCAUCUAUUUUCCCCUAGAUCCCAGAAAUAUAAAAAAAUGAGAUCUCAGUAUUUCUAUAAUCGUUCCAUCGUUUUUUUAUAUUUCUCGACGUGUAAUUUGUGUAAAGAAUCUGUUAUGUUUUCAUAUAAAUAUAAUUAAUAAUACGUU